AUGGCUGAAGAUUCCAGCAACCAUGACGAAGGCUUUGGCCUUCCUCCCGCGCCUACCAUCGCACCAGAGUUUUCGGCUGAGUGGCUUGAUUUAGAGCACCCAGAAUCCGUCUCAGCCAUCGAGGCGGUUAUCCUAUCUCGCCUCCAUUUCAUUGCUGCUCAAAACCAGCACAUCAUGUUGCAACUCAAGAACUUGCGCCUCACCAACUAUCGAACCCAGAGCCGCCGUGGCAGCAUGUCAUCCACUGCGACAAGCACUGAAGGCGGCGGCGAUGGCAACAUCGCUCCCAUCCCCGGAGCCCGAGCUCAAGAGGCGUUCGAUGAGCUCAGAACCGGAGAGCUUCAGGUGAUCCUCACGGCCCUCCACAACCCAUUUGUCACCAUCAACAACAAGAAGCUCUAUGUCCAGCGAACCAUCAACGCAAACACAGACGCUCAAACUUUCAUUGAGCAUAUCACCCAGGUGAUCAAAGAGAAGCAGGCCAACCCCGAGGGCCAAGAGGCGGAUGUCGCUGAGCACCAUGAGAAGCUGUUGGGUUAUCUUGAUAACCUGACGCUUGGCCUCAAAACGGACUUAUACAUCGAACUCAACAAGACCAAGAAGAAGCGCGACAGCCCCAAGGGCAAGGGAAAGGCCAAAGUAAAGAAAUCUAGUUCCCCCGUUUUUGCCCCUACCGAUGACUCUGGCUCCGGAUCUAGCCGUGUCAAGGGGGAACAGUCUGAGUAG